AUGCACAGAAGAAGAGCACAGAAGCCAGGACAAGCAGAUCAAACUGAGGAUAGCGAGGAUGACGUAAGUUUAAUAUUAUGUACAAUAGUACUCGACAUAUAAUACAAUUAACAUGUAGUCUUUACCUUCACCUGUGAAUUUUUUAUGCGUAUUAUGUUAGUACUUUUACAGGACGCGCCGGAAAAAGCUACAAAGUACUUUAUCAACGAGAAGGAUGGCUUAAAAGGUUAUACUCCGGACGAGUAUCAAAUCAAAAUGCGACAACAAGCGGCCAAGUACCAAUCAGCACAUCAAAAUCAGGAUGAACACGUUAAAGCACCAGGUAACAAAAUUGCAUUUUAAGACAAAACCAAUAUGAUUUUUUACUGUUUAAAAGUUUUUUUUGUACAAAACCUAAAACUUAAGGCUCCUCCAUAUAAAUACAUUUUCAGAUGCCAAGUACCGUAAACGACAUUGGGCCAAACGCUUCUUUCGUAAAAAACAAAAACCAAAGGUAAGUUUUGAUACCAUUCCAUAUACAGAUACAUAUAUAUUAUGGGUAGUACCAGAAAUUACUCUUUCUUAUAACAAUGUAACUGCAAUAUACAUAAUGUCUAAUGAUAAAUUUUUUCAGUCUGAUAUCCCAAAGCCCACACGACAUAUCAAGUCGACGAAACCCGCUCGUAGAUCUUCCGCAGACGCCUCCACUAGUCCAAUUGAGAAAACAGCUCAUCAAGGUGAAGUCUUAUUACCAUUAUGACCGCAAUGGCGUCCAAAUUUUUCGAAAAUUUGAAAAUUAAAAAAGUUAAAAUGAAAAAGUUCUAAACUUUAAAAACAUAAAAUUGUUAAUAUGAUUCAUUUAAUUUUUUCAGAAUCCCAGAACAGCCCAGUCGAAGCAUCAUCAUCACACAACGAUAAAAGCCCAAUCGUAAGUUAA